UCCAAAAUUCAUAGACGAUUUGCAGUCUUCGGCGAGACAAGACCGUCCGACUCCUUUCGCCUCUGCAAAUUACGUGCACGGCGAGAUGGAACGUCACGUUUGGCGUUACGUAGUGCCAUCUAUAUUGGUGCUGAUUGCAGCCGUCACGGCUAUUCUGCCUUUCUUCAUCUGCAAGAUAUGCUUACCUCGUUGCAGACAGACGCGCAUCAACGUGGAAGCAGCGACAGUGGAUGAAGACAUUUGCGAAGAAACGCCUUUCCUAGAAGUUUCGGCUAAAAUGUCACAAAAAGUCACCAAUGUUACCCAGUCGCAUCCGGCUAGCGUAGACCUGAUAGAGGUGAACGCUGAUGGUGUUUUCUAUAAGAGAGAAAGUCUUUGGCUUUACGUACCGCCAGGAGCUGUCUCUGAUCGACAGGAAAUCAGUGCUCGAUUUCUCGUCGACAAACAAUCGAUGCCACUCGCAGACACCUCACAGAAUUGGUAUAUUUUUAGUCCAGUUCUAGAGCUGGAGCCCCACGGUCUCUAUUUUCAUAAACCAAUUCAAAUUAAGCUGCCAGUGACGGCUAUUUUUCAAGGUUGGGAUCUUGUUUUGCUGAGAGCCGAUUGUCAUGCAUCAGAGACCCCAAAGACAUGGAAAGAAGUCUUGUCUAUCGAUACAGACUCACGUCAAGUGAGUACACAAGAUGAACACUGCAGCUAUAAUCAAGACAUGGCUAUUCUGCAAGUCAGUCAUUUCUGCAAGUAUUGUUGGUGCGGACGUCCCAAAGACGGUGCCGAGCGCUCAGAGAAAACGGUGGACUGCUUGCUGUUUGCUCAAAUAAACAGCUGGGGAAAACGUGUCAAUUUUAUUUUGCAUUUUAGCGAUUUGUGCUAUGACGUGUACAAGCUCAUUAUCAAAAAGGAAGCAGCCAAAACCCCUGCGUAUCACUUAGUAGAUUGCACUUCUAUUCCAAUCGGCCUAAAAGGUGAUCUAAAGAUUGAGGUGUCUGCAAGCAACUUUGAUAUAGAAAACGACGACAAAAUUAUUCCUGCGUCUGACAUGUGGAAAGUUCAGUUUGGACCUCAAAAGCGAAUCCUGUUUUCAGCAAAAUUAAAAAAUUGUGUGGUUGACAAAACUGAAGAUCCUCAAUUAUUGUUAGAGUUAACGACGGAUGAUCAGUCAGAGAAGCUCCGCGCGUCUUUUGCUUUGUCGGGGGAUCAACGAUUGAUCAUGAUGGACAUUCCAGACAGUGAUAGCCGUAGGUGCAGCAGCAAGAGCAGCAGAAGCAGCGGACGUGGAUCGUUUACGGACGGUGACCAUGCACUAAGCGAGGUCGUUGUACCUCGCGGUGCAUUCUCUGAGGUGGAGGACCGAAUGACUUCAGAAGUACGAUCGGUUUGUGAGUCAACUUCGUCCGCGAGUCCAAAUUCAUCGAAUUCAUCAAAAACUGUUUUUGUUAUCGAAGGCAAUGUAAUUUGUGGCGAUCGCAAUCAGAUGUCAUUGACAUCAACGCCAACCUCUGCAAUCGCGAGUCCAUCUGAUGCAUGUAGUAUGGACGUGGAGACUCCAAAUUGCAUCCAGAAGUUCCUUACUGAAAAUGAUGAACAAUCUCAGUCUUGAAUUCAGACUCCAUCUAAUUAUGGUUUCAUUAAUUAACACUUAGAUCACAUUUACUUGACAUUAUUACAUUGUGUUCUUAGUAAGUUUAACCAAUAUUGAGGUUGUGAUAAUUUCUAUCGACAACGAUGCAGUUUAGCAUCUAGAUUUAAAAGAAAAUGUAAUGUAUUAAUUAAU